AUGACCACUGCUACACCGGGUGAAAAUGCUUUGUUGUCAGCACCUCAGAAUAUCUCUAUUCUUUCUACCAACAUGAAACACUUCUUAAGUUGGAGUCCUGUGAUCGUUCAGGGAGAAACUGUGAGAUACUCUGUGGAGUUUCAGGGGGAGUAUGAACGAGAGUACGCCAAUGAGAGCUGGAUCCCCAUCUGUGAAUGUUCACUCAUCACAGCCACAGUGUGUAACAUCACAGAGGAUAUCUCAGCCACUGUAGCCUAUAACCUGCGUGUAAGGGCAGAUGUUGGUGCUAGAAGAUCAGAGUGGGGCACCCUGAAAGGUUUCUUCAAUCGCAUCACAACUUCCCUGACCCCACCUCUGAUGAAGGUCAUAGCAGAUGGGUAUCAUUUACUAGUGGAGCUGGAAGACAUGGGGCCUGCCUUUCAGUUCUGUGUUCUGUAUUGGAAGAAGGGCCAGGAGAGUAGGAUGCAACAGAAGGUGGUGAAAGAAGUUGGCUCUGUGGUUCACCUGGACACCAUGGAGGCAGGACCUGAUUAUUGUGUAAAAGCUCAGACAUACGUUGAGGCGAUCAACAGAAGCAGCAGCUUCAGCCAGACACAGUGUGUGAGGGCACAAGGUGGCAGAUCCAUGUGGCUGGUUACUGCCCUCAUCUCCUCUGCUGGCUUUGCUGUGGCUGCUUUGACCCUGCCUUUCCUUACCUGGAAAACAAGUAAAAUCUUUCAGUAUUCCUGCUGCCCUGUUGCUGUCCUGCCAGAAACACUGAAAGUGCCAGAGUCCCCCACCCAGCUGAUUCUGUGUGGCAGUGAAGAAGCUGAGCAAUGUGACCUGAGGGUGCAUGUGAUGCCCUCAGAAGAAGUUCUCCGACUGUGGAUUCAAGAAACACUUUAGAGCACUCCAGAAAAAAAAACAGCCUGUGGAAACAGAUCUUCUAAGCAGAGCUGGCAGACUGUGCCCCAGCCACUUUCCUCAGUGUGCCAAUAAGUAACAUCGUUGUCUUUGUGUCUAAAAGCUGCUGCAAACCAAAGGUGGUGUGUAUGAUGAGCAGGUGGCCUGCUCUGGUCCUCUUAGUAGCAUCUUCGUCCACCUACAUAAAAAGCAAGUAAAGGUCAUGGGUGAUAGCUGCCAGUUUCUAUACUUUCCAUUCAUAGCCAUACCCAUAUCCAGACAUGAGUUAACUCAUGUUCCCUUUACCUCUGUCAGCCACAUUGACAGUCCCAAGGCAGAGCCCACCCUUCAGCCACUGGUAUUUCACCAGAGCAAUAAAUGCAAAGCCCAGUCCCAUUGUUCCAAACCAUUUCAGCCUCAGUAUUUUUGCCUCAGCAUUUUUAAAACAAAUUAAGCAGCCAGUAAGAGCUUCUUACAUGGCUAAACCAGAUGGAAUGAGCAGGAAAAAAUUGCUUUUAGGGCUGCAGGCCUUGACCUGUGUUUAACGUUCAUUGAAAAGGAUGUUGACGGUGACUGGACACAACAUAAUAAUUUGCUGCAUGUGACAGAUAGCAACGUAUGGUGCCAACAAAACUUAGAGACAGCACCAUGAGGGAUGGCUUGGUUUCACCAGUGCUUAGGGGGAGUGAUAAAAGAAACAGACAGACUCUAAAGAUGCUUGGAGGAAGCUUCCAGAACCUUUGGAUUCUUGUAGAGUUUUGCAAGACCAGCAGCAUCGCUAACACUAUAUAGGUCCAAGAUCACCUAGGCAGGGUAUCAAAACCAUAGAAGCUGGGUAUGCAUGAAGGAAAACUAGGACUUUUAGGAAAAACAUAAUUAGGGUGAACUGUCUAAAAGAUAGGGGUUUGGAGUGGAGAAAGGUAAGGAAAGGACAGAGAAAGGUAGGAUCAAGAGAUGGGAAAGGAAAUGGGAAAAGUGACAAAAAGAUGUGGAAAUCAUGUGGUCAGGAUUGUCCAGGGUGCCUGUUGGGUAUCCCUGUGGUUUGGCACCACACCUGAAGUGGGAUGCUGACCAUGUCACACAAGGCAAACUUGAUUCUGUGGUCAGGAGGGCCAGGAUGAGGGGCAACUGGAGAGCUUAUCUUGGCUAGUGGAGGAAUAUCAGGAUGGAUGGAUCAAGCAUCAUAGCAUUACCACGUUAGUGGCCAUUCCAGGCCUGAUGACAUCGUUAUCUUCCAGAUAUCUUGUCCUCUUAAGGAAGGAAAUUGUAAAAGACAAAGAGAAAUUCCUUCUAAAUACAAAUAAAAUAUAGUUGUUGCAUAUAUUGCAAUUAUGGCUGUCACUUCUAAGAAAAGUAAUUUAUUUCCUCUGAGGCAGAGGCUUGUGUUAGCAGGGCAUGAAAAGACUGUGAGCUGAAAAGCUUUUUUUAAAGCUAUCAGUGGAUCUAAUGAAAUGCAAGGCAUCUCUUUAACAAUAUGCCUUCUUAAAUUUAAUUCUUGCAAUCUUGUGUCAGGCCAGCAGGUGGCAACAAAGCACCGUGAAAAAAGUAGAAGUGACUCAGGACUAUUCCCACUUCUGCGUUCUGUGAAGGCAGUUCAUGCCCUCGUUCCUGGCUAACGGCUCAAUUUCGUGUUGCAGCCCAGUUGCUUGUUUAUUCCUGUCUCACUAGCUUCUGUCUGGACAAUAUUAGGGUAUGGUACUUUGGUGUUAAAUGGUAAGAUUGGUACUGCUCAAUAUGUAGCAAAUUACAGGGUCAGAAAAUCUGUGCAAGUCUGAACACUGAGGACUCAGGGAAAUGCCUAGUUGCAAACACACAUAUGAUGCUCUGCCCAGACAAGGAGAUUUGGGAGCAAAGAGGAGAAGGGCAUGUGCAUGGGCUGAUAUGACAAGUGCUGAGAGGCCCAGCAGGCCUUGUGCCCUCCCUGAACCGAACUGGGGUGGCAGUGCGAGGCAACCAAUGACUGGCUGAUUUUGGCAGCAGGCAGUGAAGAGCAAUGAUUUUGUUGAGGACAGUCAGCAUGGAAGUACACUCCCUUGCAGAGCUCUAGGCUUUUUGUCAAACAUCCCCUUAAAUGGCUUUGCCCAGUGCUUGAAUUUUCAAGGUGUAGGUCCCUGUUACAGAGGCCUUGGAAGUAAAGCUGGUUUAGAGAGCUCCUGUGCCUUGCAUUUAGCCUUAUUUUAUUCCUCGGUGAUUUGGAUAAGUUCAGCGUCUUGGUUUCUAGUGUGCCCCAUAGGGGUGUCCCCAUACAGGAGGACAUUCUGCUGCUUGUUCGUUCCAUGGCUGUAGGUAUGAAAAGCCUUAGCAAUUCCUCCUAUCUCUUCCUCCCUAACAUUGCUGCAUUAUGGCAGUACCAGCUUUUGUUUAGGGAGACAGAGAAAAGCAGGGGAAGAAAAGGCAUUUGAAUGUGAAGGGCUUUUAAAAAUUAUUUUAAUGCAUGUUUUCCAGCUGCAUAUUAAGCAUAGAGCAUAUGUUUGUUUCUCACUUGCAAUAACAGAUUUUAUGCCCUUCCUCAUUGCCAAUAAAGCAGUUAAACAGUUGUACAAAACUGCACAGAUAAUGUUAAACAAAAGAAACACCUGAAAAAAAUUCUUACAAUAGGGAUGGAAGGGAAUUGUUUAAGUGCCGCUGCCAUCUUAUCAAGGCCAUAUUCAGGUUGCAUCAGGAUGUUCCAGUUUGUGUCUGUGGAGACUUGAAGACAAAUUUGAGAUGCUGAUUGAAAGUCCUGGAAAGCUUCUCACUUUGAAGUAUGUGCUGCAUUUUGUUAAGCCUGAAAAUGAUGUUAUAGAACAAGAGCAAGACUUCUGCAGUCCACAUACAUAGUAGCACCGUGGCAUUGGCAUAGGCAGCUGCCAUCAGUCAUUCCCUUUAGUUCAUUCCCAUGCAUUGCAAGAGUUAAUCAUGCUUUAGCAGUCAUGGCAAUGGCUGUCUUUGAUAACUGAUUUUGCUCCCACAACCAUGAUACAACAUCUCAAAGGAGCACCAGACAAAUAACCACAGUGAAGAACAAUGUGUACUGAUGAACUUUGCGCUGUUUCUUUCCAUCGAUGAGGUAGUAAGUGGCUCCAUUUCCUCCAAAAUAUACUUCUUUUUUACUUUCCUCAAAAACUGUUGCAUGAAAAUGAAGCACAAACCUGCAUCAGCAUUUUAGUGAGUUUAUUUCUAUGCUGCAUGUAACCAACUUUUUCCUGAAGACUUUGUAAGAACAGAAGAACAGAAAAAAUGCUGAAAGGACUGGUUUUCAAAGAAAAAAUUAUUCAGUCUAGUAAAUGCAGACCAACAUAAAGACUGUUGAUUACAUGAACAUUUAAAAAGAGUUACAUGAUAUUACUGGGUUGACAGGAAAGUAGGGAAUUCAAUUAUCUGUUCCAUGACACUAACUGGCUGGAAUAUAGUCUAAUUUUUCCUGUGAAGUAUAUUUCCUUAGAAGUAUAUUGCUGUUUGCAAUUUUUAAGGGCUCAUAUUAAUACACAGUCCAACAUUUCACUGUCCAAUCAAACUGAGAUCUUUAACUUGAUAAAUUACCUUUUUAAGUAUUUUCUGCAUUAUUACAGUAUGUUUUUUUUAAAUGUUACCUUUUUUCUUACAAAGGCAAAAAGUAACCAAAAUCACUACUUUGACUACAAAUUGAUUCCAUUGCUUGUGAAGGUGAUACUGUAUCCUGCAAAUGAAAUGCUACAAAGAUAAUAAACAUCUAAACCACUGCAGAUAAAGAUGUUUAUUGUUUAAAGAGUUUAUGUACAGGUGAUUCUGUUGCUAUUAAAGUGUAAAACUGCAGAAACAGAAAAUCACUCAGUUCAGGUCU